AUCGCACUGUCAUUAUUACCUUGAUGAACUUCAUAGAGCCAUUUGCGAAAGUGCCAUGCGUUACAUUGAUUUUGAAACAAGCAUUUACAUAUUUCGUAUUAUCAAUUUAAAGGUCCUCAGUCAUGCAUUCAAUACUGCUUCAUUAUCAUUCCUCCUGUGAGACAUCGCUUAUAUAGACUCAUUUACACGUCCCAGAAGAGACUUUUUAAUAUUCAAGUCAACUAUUUAGGUUCUUUUACUAGUUUAUCUAUAGGAUAUUGCGAUACAUAUUUAUUAUAGUUAUUACCCAAUGGUUUGCUCUUUAUCAUACUCACAACCAUGUUCAGUAGACGGUGCACAAUCUCAACCUGCAACAGGGGACCUUCAAAUAACACAAACUCCCACAUCGCCUGAUAUACUGGUUGUUCCAGACUCGCAACCAUCACAAAUAACCGCAGAAAAUCAGACUGCUGAUGUGUGUGAGCAACCUGAGUCCGCUUCCUCACUAACAUCACCAAAAUCCUCACAACUACAAGGUUCCUUGGAACACUCUGAGCUAAACGUGCAAAAUAAAAAACUGAGGGCAAGGCUUAUAAAAUUAGAGGCUAAGAAUGAAGUCAUUGAAGCAAAAUACCACACAGAAAUAAUUGCCAAAAACGCGAAAAUUACAGAUCUCAUGACGAGACUAGCUACGUGCCAAAAGCAAUGUCACGAUGACAUGAAAAUAGUUACUGAUACGCAUCAAAUAAGAGUCAAUGAACUUGAAAAUGAAAUUCAAUCAAGCAAAGAUAAGUUGUCAGUUCUAACCAAAGAGCUUGAUGGUGCAAAAGUUGACAAUGAAACUCUCUACAGAAAAGUGCAAUUACUUACAACCCAACUAAAAUCAAUGCCAUCAAAAUCAGAAGAUGAGGUGAUAAGUUGUAGCCAACCACAGAGUAUUUCAAGAAAUACCUCAUCCCCUGACUCUAACUCUGCUGAAAAGGGAAAAUCUAAAACCAAACACGUUGAAUUGGAAAAAAAGUCAACCUCCAAACCCAAACCAGUGGUUAAUGACUCAAAAUUCUCUGGACAUCAAAGGGAUACUACUCCAACAGUACAUCUCAUGUAUUCCUCUAAUGGGAAGAAGAUGGCAGGUACAAUGAGGGCUUUCUCCAAUAAUAAGGUUAAAGUCACAGCCUCAGUCUAUAGUGGAGGCAAUAUCCAGAUGGCCACGAAUGUCAUUCGCCAGGGUGACAUUGCAAAAUCAACAGAUUAUAAAAUCAUUGGUUUUGGGACAAAUAACAUAAAAAGUGACAACCCCACAGAUAUAGUAUACGAAUUGAAGAAUUUGGUACAAACUGCCAGAUCUCACCACCCUUCCUCUAAACUUAUACUCUGUGGCAUUCAUCACCGCUGUGAUUCCGAUGAUAACUCACAUAUUUAUAUGAUGAACAAUGACAUCGACUACAUUAAUGCUCAGAUGGCUGAGUUCUGUAGGAAUCAGAAAGUAGACUUUAUUGACAUUAACAGCAUAAACAGGUCUACAGCGAGAAACCCCAACUUCAGCGUACUGUAUAAUGAUGGACUUCACUUCAAUACGAGAGGGCGUAACAUACUCGCUAUUGCUAUGCUUGAAAUCAUAAAACAGAACUCUGGAAAAACGUACGCAAAUAUUAUAGCGAGCCGACGAGCUGCAACCCACAAUACUAGAGACCCUCCGAUGCCCCGCUCCAAGAGUUAUUUAUAAACACUCAGUGUGAUGCAUACUUAAAUCUGAAUCUUAAAAACAAAGUAUGCUCUAAUGAAAGUCUGACAAGCAUAAACAAUGAUGUAUAUUAUGAUGUAAAUAACAGUUACUGUGUAAAUAAGUCUGUACAUAUUAACACUCAAUCAAACUCUAUAGGGAAUUCUACUCAAAAUUAUUCUCAUCAUGUCUCUAAGCAUAAAGAUGAAAUCAGCAUUAAUACCCAUAAUGCACCUGAAUCACUCCCUAUUCUUUUAUGGAAUAUCAACAAACUGUCUGAUAAGCUCACUGAUGGUGAAGAUGUAAAUUCUCUGUUCAGAAAAUACUCAGUUAUUUUUAUCAGUGAAACAUGGGUUUCUCCUGAUCAUAAACUUGAAUUUGAAGGUUUUACCUGUGAAAAUCUUGCGCGUAGAACAAAACAUGUGAAUGCUCACAGCUACUCAGGUGGCAUAGCUGUAUUUAUCAAAGAUAAUCUAUAUGGAUCGUUUAUUGAGAUCUUACCCCAAUCUCAUGAUUUUUUUGUCUGGAUUAAAUUAAACUCAAAUGCUUACACUAUCACACAAGACAUCUUUAUUUGUUUUGUUUAUUUACCAUUUAAAGGUUCAGCAUUUGA